GUUGGUUAUUACGCCGAGUGUCUUGCACCUCGGAUAGUCUUGCCUUCGCGUCAGCUCCGCCCUCGCCCGCGUUACUCCACGACAGCCAGCGUCAUAGGAGAAUCCAGGGGCUGCUUGCAGGAAGAUUGUCGGUUGCAUGCGCGGUGUUUCCUGCUGAGCUACGCUUGAUAGUCUCUACGUACUAGUACAAGUAGGUACUACUAGUAGUAAGUAGCUACCUUAGGUAUUACUACUAGUAAUAGCUAGUACAACGGUCGGGCGGAGUGGGUCCCCGGACUGUGCUAGAAGUUCAAGGGCGGGGCGUGGGGGUAGCUUCCCCGCGGGAGCUUCAACGAUAAUCAAUCCCCGAUAAGCUCGUGCAAACGGUUCGCAUGGAAAGCAUCCCAGCUACACUGUACCAUCACUCGAGAACUCCAAGAGAUAAUCCCAAAUAGCUCUUCCGCAAUGCCGGCGCCUCUCAAGGCGGCGAUUCUGGUCGUUUCGACAACAGCCGCGAAGGACCCGUCCACUGACGCUGCCGAAGCCGCGCUCCGAAAUGUCUUCGAGCAGGACGGCGACGGUCGGUGGGACGUGGUCGAGGCUAAGAUUGUAGGCGACGUCACCACCCAAAUCCAGCGGCAGAUCAUGCUCUGGACAGACGCCGCAGACCCCGUGAGCCUUGUCGUCACCACCGGCGGCACUGGUUUCGCGGUCGCAGACAACACCCCCGAAGCCGUCUCAGUCCUCCUUCACAGGCAGGCACCGGGCCUCGUCCAUGCCAUGCUUGCUAGCUCACUUGCCGUCACACCUUUUGCCAUGAUGUCUCGUCCCGUGGCGGGCACCAGAAACCAGACAGUCAUCCUCACGGUGCCCGGAUCGCCUAAAGGAGCCGUGGAGAACUUGAAAGCCAUCAUCAAGACGCUGCCUCACGCCUGUCUACAAGCCGCCGGCGCCGACUCCAGAUCCCUCCACGCUGGCGGUGUGAAGAAACUAGAGCAGGAAGCGGGUGUAGGCCCCGGCAGCGCCCAUCACCACCCAGAACACGGACACGAGCACAGCAACUACCAUGCCCAUGCCCACUCCCACUCCCACACACACUCCCAUUCUCACACCCACGGACACGGCCACGGCCGCGGCACUCUCGUCCGACACACAAACCCGGCAUCCAACCCCAAGUCGAACGAUCCGUCGCUCGGGCCCAGCCGCCGCCACCGGGAGUCACCCUAUCCCAUGCUCUCUGUUUCGGAUGCCCUCGCCCUCAUCGAGCAACACACCCCGGGCCCCACCACCACAACCGCCAAAGUAGACUCGGCGCUCACGGGCACCGUCCUCGCUCAAGACGUCCGCGCGGCAGAGGACGUCCCGGCUUUCCGCGCAAGCAUCGUGGACGGCUACGCCGUCGUCGUGCCACCCGGAGGCAACAUGCGCGGGGUGUAUCCCGUGGUCGCCGUGUCACAUGCCUCUCCGAGCUCCAGUGAAGAGGAGACUGUGCUGAAGGAAGGGGAGAUAGCGCGCAUCACGACGGGCGCGCCGCUCCCGCCCGGUGCGACGUCGGUGAUCAUGGUGGAGGAUACCGUGCUAAUCUCGCAGACGGAGGAUGGGCAGGAGGAGAAAGAGGUCGAGAUCCUAGCAGAGGGGGUCAAAGAGGGGGAGAACGUGAGGGAGGUGGGGAGUGAUGUCCAGAAGGGCGCGUUGAUUUUGGGGAAGGGGGAACAAGUCUCGUCGGCCGGCGGGGAAAUCGGGCUGAUGGCGUCCGUGGGGGUCGGCGAGGUACAAGUGUACCGGCGGCCGGUGGUGGGCGUGCUGUCGACGGGGGAUGAGAUUGUGGAGCAUGACCGGCCCGGCGGGUUGAGGUUGGGAGAGGUGCGGGAUACGAAUCGGCCGACAUUAAUCGCCGCGGCACGGGAAUGGGGCUAUGAGGUUGUCGAUCUGGGCAUUGCGAGGGAUAAGGUGGGGACCCUGGAGGAGAUCUUGCGGGAUGCGCUGCGCCAAGUUGAUCUCGUCAUCACCACGGGCGGCGUGUCCAUGGGCGAGCUGGACUUGUUGAAGCCCACCAUUGAGCGGUCCCUGGGCGGGACGAUCCAUUUUGGGCGCGUGGCCAUGAAGCCUGGGAAGCCGACGACGUUCGCCACCGUGCCUGUGAAGAAUAACGCGGGCGAGAGGGUUUCGAAGGUGAUCUUCUCGCUGCCCGGCAACCCAGCCUCGGCCCUCGUGACCUUCCACCUGUUUGUGCUGCCAUCUUUGUACCAGAUGUCGGGUAUCUCUCCGCCACGGUUGCCGCAAGUGCCCGUAGUCCUGGCCCACGACUUCCCGCUGGACAAGGCGCGGCCUGAAUACCACCGGGCAAUUGUUUCGGUUGGCAACGAUGGUGUGCUGUCCGCCACCAGUACGGGGGGCCAAAGAAGCUCGCGUGUCGGCAGCCUGAAAGGGGCCAACGCACUUCUCUGCAUGCCCAGUGGGCCGGAGCCCCUGCGCAAGGGGGCCAAGGUCGAGGCACUGCUCAUGGGGAACCUACGGACCGAGCGUAGGAUCGGCAGCGUCCGCCAGCGCGGCGCCACUCCCGUUGAUACCGACAGCAACGCCACAUAUCAGGUUGCACAUGCCCACGGUGAUGCCGCCCCAGAAGAGCGCGUAACCGGUGUAGUAGCUGUCACCCGAAUAUGCGGCCUCGCCCUGCACCGCAUUCAGCUUGGCCGAGAACACGAUGGCCAUGAUGACGCCGUAGAUGGCGACGACCUCGCAGAAGAUGAUGGAGAUCAGGUUCUUGGCCGCCCCAACCACCGAAAGCCCUAUACACAUCGCAAUGCCCAGGUCUGCCCAAGCGUAUGGCGAGACGGAUUCGAGGAAGGCGCCGACCUAGAGAACCAGACGAGAAGUAUGGCGUCCGCAUCGACGAAUUUCUACGAUCUGUAUCGUCAUGGGAGCCUCGGUGUCUCCCUGACCGAUGCCCUGGACGAGCUCAUUGGCGAUGAGCGCAUCGACCCCCAGCUCGCGAUGAAGGUUCUCACCCAGUUCGACCGCAUCAUUGCCGAGACUUUGCAGGAAAAGGUCAAGGCCCGGUUGACAUUUAAGGGCUCGCUCGACACUUAUCGGUUCUGCGAUGAGGUCUGGACCUUCUUGAUCCGCAACGUCUCGUUCAAGCUCGACAAUGGCGGCCAGGCCGUACAAGCCGACAAGGUUAAGAUCGUCAGCUGUAGCGCGAAGCGAACAGAGGACAAAUAGACACUUAUCCGUGUGUCCGAGCAUACUGGCGAAGGGGAUGUGGAGAGGGCAGUCAUCACUUCGGUUGCGUUAUCACUUGGUUAACGGAAUUCCGUGAGAUUGUCAUCAACCAUGCGCUACCUUCUAUCUCGAAAUAUCGGUUUCUGGGUCAGGCGUUGGCAUUGGUCAUGGGAGCGGGACGGCGUUCUGGGAGCUCUGAUGGAUUCCUGAGAAGAAGGUGACACUACAGGGACUCACUUAUGAUUGUGAAUUAUCAACAGAUGAGAAUUCCUAAAGAACCUUGAGGCAAGUGCUUGUUGGCCAUCAUCAUGGCCGGUCUUGGUUGGCUAGCUUCCGACUCUGUGAUAUAACGAGACAAGUGGCCCUGAUUCAGACAGCAUCACUAGUCACGUCAUGGUCAUCAUUAUCUACAAUGCGAAAGCCAUAAGUGGAUUUUGUA